CGCCAGCCGCCUCCCGGCAGUGCCGGAGUCGGGUGUGUAGGUGGCUAUAAAGCUGCAAAGGGCGGGAGGCACCGCGCAUCUCGUCCUUCUGUGGCCAGCUCUUUACUGCCACUGGUGUCCUGUCACGUCUGUGCCUGAAGGAGGAAACAGUGACAGACCUGGAGACUGCAGUUCUCUGUCCUUCACACAGCUCUUUCACCAUGCCUGGGUCACUUCCUUUGAAUACAGAAGCUUGCUGGCCAAAAGAUGUGGGAAUUGUUGCCCUUGAGAUCUAUUUUCCUUCUCAAUAUGUUGAUCAAGCCGAGUUGGAAAAAUAUGAUGGUGUAGAUGCCGGAAAGUAUACCAUUGGCUUGGGCCAGGCCAGGAUGGGCUUCUGCACAGAUCGAGAAGACAUCAAUUCUCUUUGCCUGACUGUGGUUCAGAAUCUGAUGGAGAGAAAUAGCCUUUCCUAUGAUUGCAUUGGGCGGCUAGAAGUUGGAACAGAGACAAUCAUCGACAAGUCCAAAUCAGUGAAGUCUAAUUUGAUGCAGCUGUUUGAGGAGUCUGGCAACACAGAUAUAGAAGGAAUAGAUACAACUAAUGCUUGCUAUGGAGGCACAGCUGCUGUCUUCAACGCUGUGAACUGGAUUGAGUCCAGCUCUUGGGAUGGACGGUAUGCACUGGUAGUUGCGGGAGAUAUUGCUAUAUAUGCCACAGGAAAUGCCAGACCUACAGGUGGAGUUGGAGCUGUGGCUCUGUUAAUUGGGCCAAAUGCUCCUUUAAUUUUUGACCGAGGGCUUCGUGGAACACAUAUGCAGCAUGCCUACGACUUUUACAAGCCUGAUAUGCUCUCCGAAUACCCUAUAGUAGAUGGAAAACUCUCCAUACAGUGCUACCUCAGUGCAUUAGACCGCUGCUAUUCUGUCUAUCGCAAAAAGAUCCGUGCUCAGUGGCAGAAAGAGGGAAAUGAUAAAGAUUUUACCCUGAAUGAUUUUGGCUUCAUGAUCUUUCACUCACCAUACUGUAAACUGGUUCAGAAAUCUCUAGCUCGGAUGUUCCUGAAUGACUUUCUUAAUGAUCAGAACAGAGACAAAAAUAGUAUCUACAGUGGCCUGGAAGCCUUUGGGGAUGUUAAAUUAGAAGAUACUUACUUUGACAGAGAUGUGGAAAAGGCAUUUAUGAAGGCUAGUUCUGAACUAUUUAACCAGAAAACAAAGGCAUCUUUGCUUGUAUCAAAUCAAAAUGGAAAUAUGUAUACAUCUUCUGUGUAUGGUUCCCUUGCUUCUGUUUUAGCACAGUAUUCACCCCAGCAGUUGGCAGGGAAGAGGAUUGGUGUAUUCUCUUAUGGUUCUGGUUUGGCUGCCACUCUGUACUCCCUUAAAGUUACACAAGAUGCCACACCAGGGUCUGCUCUUGACAAAAUAACAGCAAGUUUAUGUGACCUUAAAUCAAGGCUUGACUCGAGAACUUGUGUAGCACCUGAUGUCUUUGCUGAAAACAUGAAGCUCAGAGAAGACACUCAUCACUUAGCCAACUAUAUUCCUCAGUGUUCAAUAGAUUCACUCUUCGAAGGAACAUGGUACCUGGUUAGAGUAGAUGAAAAGCAUAGAAGAACUUAUGCCCGGCGUCCCUCUCCCAGCGAUCAUACUUUAGAUGAAGGAGUAGGACUUGUACAUUCAAACACAGCAACAGAGCAUAUUCCGAGCCCGGCUAAGAAAGUGCCAAGACUCCCUGCAACACCAGCAGAAUCUGAAGCAGCUGUCAUUAGUAAUGGGGAACAUUAAGCUACUCUGUGAGGUGUAAGACUUCAACAUGGUUUGGGGUUGGGGUGGGGGUAUGGGAACAGUUGGAGGAAUGGGCUGUCUGGGGACAAUUUUUAAAAAUUACAUGUUGCUUAAAAUUUAAAGUGACUGACAUGGAGCCUAGAAAACUAUUGUGUUCUUGGAAAAGUCUCUUUGCUCAACUUGCUAACACACUUCCUGUUAUGGUCUGGUCAAUGCUAAAUGUACUCAAAUGAUGUUAAGGGCUCUGUAAAGCUUUAUACCUCCUCUCUGGCCACUUACAUGCAUGCAGUUUAGUUUUCAAACAUGGUAUGAAUUGACUGCUUCUGUCGGAAAGUAAGCAGAGGUACUAGUCUCCAAUUGAAAAGGUUGGUUUAUUUUUAUUUGUUUUUACACAUAAGAGUUUUAUACUUUGAACAAAUAAAAAGUACCUGUGGCUUUGGAAAAACUUUUCUAGGUUGGGGAAUGUGGGUUUUAAAUGUGGCGCACACAAACCCUCUUUGAAAAUGGCAAGACAAACGUUUCUUUUUUCCUUUCUAAGAUUCAUAAAUUCUAAAGAGACAGAAAAGAUGAUAGUGGCAUUGGUUUUGGGAUCCAGGUGAGCUCUUGCUUUGAAUCUCAGCCAGCAGUGAGAACAGUUAGUUAAUCACCUCUGAACAGAGAGAUGCUAGCAUUGAACAGGCUUCUGUUACAGAAAACAGGGUUCAUCAGGAAACUGUGGACAUGGCUCUAGGGGUUGAGAUUCUGGACAGUUCACAGUGGACGGUGCUCUACAGCACUGAGUCACCACUGCAACUGGUAUGAGGGAUCAUGUUGCAGUCCUUACAUUUGUUGGGCUUCCUUUUUGAAAUUUAAAAUAGGAAGGACAGGACAGGGCAUUAUGAGGUUACUUGUGCUUCAGUGUUACAAAUCCAGUUUAUAGACUGACAACAUAAAUUCAUGGGAUAAGAGGUCUUUGUGUAUAUUUGUGUUUUGUAUUUUGUAUCUAUUCAAUGAAAAUAAGAAAAUAUAACCCAAGUUUUCACAUAGUCUGAGCAGCCAAAAGGAACAUUCGCUUCAUGAUCUGAAAGUAGAAUUUAUAACAUUUUUCUUAAACUUUCACCUUAAAAACAAUAACUAUUAAAUGAGAUGAAUAAGAAAAUUGAUUAGAAAGUUUUAUAGGUGUUUUUGGUGCUGAACUAUGACAUGAGCCUUAUAGACUGUAAAAUAGAGAUAGUUGGAACUAAUGUACAGAACUAAAUUUUUUAAACUUUAUUUGCUGUUGAAUUCUGUGAAGUUUCAGUUAUCUAAAAUAAACACACAAAUAUUGUAAUGAUUUAGAUUGCAAGGUAAUAUGUAAUGUAGCGUUUUGUAAAAUAUUCUUGUCAAAUAUUAACUAGUAGUAUUUUUGAUUUGUACAGUUAUAAUUUGUUAAAAUGAUUUCAUUUUAACAUCCACUGAUGUAGAUUAAUAAUGUAAGUUCCAAUUUAAAGAACGGUGGGGAAAUGGUGCAUGUAAUACUUUUGCAAGUAUUGAGAGUUCUGUAUGUUUUGCAAAGAGUAAUUUAAUGUUUGGGUGCCAAGAAGUGGGUUUUCUCAAAGCCUGGUGACACUGGCACAGAGCAUUAACCAUACACCUUAUUAAUGGUGAGGUGAAUAACUUUGAAUAAAGUUUUAAACAAGUA